AUGGCUGGGGAUGGAGGCGAGGACAACGCCGGGGUGCCCCUUCGUCCCGCCGGCGUCACGCUCCUCCUCGUCGGAAAGAUCGGCAACGGCAAGAGCGCCACCGGCAACAGCAUCCUCGGGCAGGAGGCGUUCUUUUCCAAGCACUCCUUCAGAAGCGUCACGCUCUCUUGCCAAAUGGAAAGCACCACGCUCGACGAUGGGCGCAUCGUCAAAGUAAUAGACACACCAGGGCUUCUCAACACCGCCAGCGUGACGGUUGAUGUCGGGAAAGUGGCCAUGGAGUGCAUGAGCAUGGCAAAAGACGGGAUACAAGCAGCCCUCGUUGUCUUCUCGGCCACGUCUCGCUUCUCCGAAGAAGACGCGACGGCGGUUGAGUCCAUAAAGAGGAUGUUUGGUGAGCGCAUGGUCUUGGUUUUCACUCACGGAGACGAGGUAGGGCAGAAUGAAUUCAAGGAGAUGAUGAGUGAUGCUCCAGAGUACAUGAAGGAGAUGGUGAGGUUGUGCGAAGAUAGGGUGGUCCUCUUUGACAAUAGAACGAAUCAUUCAAGGAUUCAAGCAGAACAACGCAAGGUAUUGCUUGAUAAGGUGGACUCUAUUAUGACUGAUCAUCAGGAACAUCCACUUUCAGAGCAAAUUCACCUUGUCAUUACGGUAGACCCAGAAGAGAUAGAAGAGGGAGCUGGUCAUAAGGUGGACUCUGUAAUGACUGAUCAUCAGGGACAUCCAUUUUCAGAGCAAAUGCACCCUGUCAUUAAGGAAGACUCAGAAGUGAAAGAAAAGGGUGCUGAUCAUAAGGUAGACUCUGUUAUGACUUUAAGAGGAAAUGCACACUGGAAGACCCAGAAGUGA